CUCAACGAGACUGGAGCCUCUGAGUUGUGAGUCCUCACAGGGAAAAAGCUCACUGUGGAUUUAUGGGAGAAAGCGAUUUCCAUUCCCCCUCUUUGAAAGCACACAACGAAAGAGCUUGGAGAGAUAACAGUGUGCGUAAAGACAUCCAGGAUGGCUCAGGGAUCCGGGGACCAAAGAGCAGUGGGGAUUGCUGACCCAGAGGAGAGUUCUCCAAAUAUGAUAGUCUACCGCAAAAUUGAAGAUAUCAUUACAAAGAUGCAAGAUGACAAGACAGGCGGUGUGCCCAUCAGAACAGUCAAGAGCUUUCUCUCCAAAAUCCCCAGUGUUGUCACAGGUACUGACAUUGUGCAGUGGCUUAUGAAGAACCUUUCCAUCGAGGACCCAGUUGAAGCAAUACACGUGGGGAGCCUUAUCGCUGCCCAGGGCUACGUCUUUCCCAUCUCAGACCACGUUCUCACCGUGAAGGAUGAUGGCACCUUUUAUCGUUUUCAGGCCCCGUACUUCUGGCCUUCGAACUGCUGGGAGCCUGAAAACACCGAUUAUGCCAUCUAUCUCUGUAAGAGGACAAUGCAGAAUAAAGCAAGGCUGGAAUUGGCAGAUUAUGAAGCAGAAAACUUAGCAAGACUCCAGAGGGCCUUUGCAAGGAAGUGGGAGUUCAUCUUUAUGCAAGCAGAAGCACAAGUAAAAAUUGAUCGGAAAAAGGACAAGACAGAAAGGAAAAUUCUGGAUAGCCAAGAACGGGCUUUUUGGGAUGUCCACAGGCCAGUGCCAGGCUGUGUGAACACAACAGAAAUGGAUAUCAGAAAAUGUCGACGAUUGAAGAAUCCACAAAAGGUUAAAAAGUCAGUAUACGGAGUGACUGAAGAGUCCCAGUCGCAGAGCCCCGUGCACAUCCCCAGCCAGCCAAUCAGGAAAACUACAAAAGAGGACGUCCGGAAACAGAUAACAUUUUUGAAUGCACAGAUUGACAGACAUUGUUUAAAAAUGUCCAAAGUGGCUGAAAGCUUAAUUGCUUACACUGAACAGUAUGUGGAAUAUGAUCCUUUGAUCACACCAGCCGAGCCAUCCAAUCCUUGGGUCAGCGAUGACAUCGCUUUAUGGGACAUAGAGAUGAGCAAAGAGCCCAGCCAGCAACGGGUAAAGAGAUGGGGCUUCUCUUUCGACGAGAUAUUGAAGGACCAGGUGGGGAGGGACCAGUUUCUACGAUUCCUGGAGUCCGAAUUCAGUUCCGAAAACCUCAGGUUCUGGUUGGCUGUCCAAGAUCUCAAGAAACAACCCCUACAGGAUGUGGCCAAGAGGGUGGAAGAAAUCUGGCAAGAGUUUCUGGCUCCGGGAGCCCCAAGUGCAAUCAACCUGGAUUCUCACAGCUAUGAGAUAACCAGUCAAAACGUCAAAGAUGGAGGGAGAUACACGUUCGAAGAUGCCCAGGAGCACAUCUACAAGCUGAUGAAGAGUGACAGCUAUGCCCGCUUCCUCCGCUCAAAUGCUUACCAGGACUUGCUGCUGGCCAAGAAGAAGCCAGAAAGUGAGCAAGGUCGUAGAACUUCCUUAGAAAAGUUCACUCGCAGCGUGCUUACAUGCAGCCAAGCCCAGUAAACAAGAUGAGCCCUCGCACCCCACUUGGAAAUGAACACGAGGAAUUGCUGGCCCUUGCAAUCUCACACUACGAAACAGCGUGGCCCAGGCUGACGAGCAAUCAUGUGCUGCCCUUCGCGGACGCCGAUGGUGUCACUGACCCGCUGUCAAUAAUAGGAUGGGUUUUGGGUGUUUUCUCAGACACAGUGAUCAAUCUGCUUGGGGCCAGCCACACUCUCCUCUAGACCCCUAUCCGAGGAUUCUGAAGGCUAUAGAUUUCUGAAAAGAGUGAGCAGGGACUGGGUGCAGACGACAUCAAGGGAAAUAGGCUGAGCCCCUGAACCUCACUUAUCGUUCUCAUCCCUCCUCUUGGUGCCCAGUCCCGCAUCAGAGGCUCCUCAGCCACCUCCUGCUGGGCACAUGAACAAUUGGCUACUCUUAGGACCCCUAUCCCUCAUGCACCAGGCCUCACCAUCCAGUUUAUUUUGUUCAUUUUUCAGAAGAACUGCCAUAUGGGUUUUAAGGAAGGGUGUGUAGACUUCCUGAUGUGGAGUCAUCAUACUCAGCCCCUGGGUACCGAAGAUGGGGAGCCAGGAACAUAGGAGAUGCAGGAGUGCACUUCUCUGGGCCCUACAGCGCUCAUCAGCCCAGGCUCAGGGGAUGCCCUGUACUCUCAGUUCCAGAAGCAGUCAUCCGGAGGACCCGAAGUCUGUGUGUCUCUUCCAGGGAGAACUCAUCCUGCAUUUCAAACAGGAUUCCUAGGUCUUCUGCAUUCUUAAGAAUAGUUAAUUCAUUAGUUCCUAACCACCCAGAUCCUUAGCCAUCAUCUACUUGGGUCAACCCUCCCUCCCUGAUCUUGCUGGUCCCCAAUCCACCUUUUCCUUCCUCACUUGAAUAACAUUAAGUUCAGGGCCGGCCCACAGGCAUUAAGAGAUGCUCUAAGUAAGGGUUGAAGUGCUUGGUUUUGGGUAAGUAAAAUUCCCACACCCCAAAAAGAAUACCAGCAACUCCCUCACUCCCUAACCUGCCCCAGAGUCCUGGUUGUUCCAACUGCCUGAGGUUAAGGCUCCUAAAGCCAGUGAUUAAAGGGGUCGGGUAGCUAAGACGUUUGGCCUCCACGGCUCCUACAACAAUUAACCCGCCUGUCUGGCUCUCUGUCUCUGUCCCUCUGUGUGUGCGUGCAUGCCUGUGCGUGCCUCUCCGUCGCCUGUCUCUGCAGGGAAAGUCGCUGGCGGGCAAGCGCCUCACCGGCCUGAUGCAGUCCUCCUGACAGUUCCCACCGCGGGGCCCGGGGACGAGGACCACGCGGGCAGGCGGCGGCGCUCCACAUCCGCGGACAGAGUCUCCUUACGGGGAGAUUUGGUCACUGUGAAGGAGAAAGAGUGAGGGCGAUGGAGGGCAACGGUGGGGAGACUCGGGGGUGAACAGGGAGACCGGAAGGAAAGCAUCUACAGAGCCUGGGGUCGCCCAGCCCAUUUACAGCCCUCUCUUCCUUGUACAGUCAUGCGCUGACACCCCGUUCUCUAAGAGGUCCUUAUCCCUAACUCAUUCAGGGGAGAACACCUCGUGGGGCUCCUGUUGUGACUGUCACCUAAGAUUAUAUUCUUAUUCGCAUCACUCCUCUGGCGGCCUGGGGGAUCACGCCUUCUGGCAGACGCAAGAGGGACCAGCCAGCCCUGAGCACAUCCAGUAUUAUGCGCCACCUCCCCACCAUCCCCCGGUGCACCACCACACCCACCAUAGUUACAGCCACUGUGUCGCCCCUGCCUCCCGCUUCCCCCCAUCUCUCUGGCCACCGGGGUGUAAGGGGCCAACAGCAAGCACCACCCUCACAACGUGUCCCAAUCAUGUCCUCAGCGCCGAGCAACCUCGUGGAUGGCUUCACCUCAAGUUCUUUCAACCCCCUUGGAGGCCAGCUUUCCAAGAGGUCUCCACAGGCCCGGUGGCUGCCCUCUGGUCCUGUCAAAUGUCUCAAGGGUCCAACGCCAGAGGAAGCACCGGUGUAGAUGAAAGAGCUUGUGGUUUACCAGACGUGAAGGUCCUGACCAUCUUUUUAAAAAUUUAUUACUUCGUAAUUUAUUCUGGUUUUGCCCCUUGCUCCUUGGUUUGUUCCCUCAUGUUUUCCUCAAAAUAAACAUGGCCAUGAACUCAGGGGCCAUUGGGAUCCUUCCCUCUGGCAGCCCCAGGUGGAAGCUGGGAGGGCUCCCAGCUGGAAGCGGCUGGGUCACAAGGUGGGCAGUCCUGUGGGCUGGGCCAGGACCCUGCCAGGCCAGGUCUCUGUUGGGUCUGAAGCUGGAGCAGAAUCUGCUACAGAGGGACUAGGCCAGGGCCAAGUGGUUCUGUGACAGCCCAGCUAAGGCAGCCCACUAACCCAUGCCGGUCAUCAAGGGAAAAAGCAGACACAAAGGAAAACCUGCAAAAACCUUCAAAAGACCCACUUGUAUUCCCUUCAUGCGUGUGUCAAAAAGACCGUCUGCCAACUUGGCUGUGAGACCCUGUACGCAAAGCUCCAAGUCAGAUGCCUGAUGCACAGUAGGUGCUUAGCAAACGGUAGCUAGUACUCAUCAUUGUCAUUGUCGUCAUGCAACUCCCAUGAGCCCUCGGACAGAGUGAAUUCAGAGACAUGGUUUUGAAUUGACACCCGCUCCCCCACCUGCUAUUACUAUCCUCCUUUGAGCUAUUUUUGGCCCUAGGUGAGAAAUCUCCCUUGGGACUGUGUAAACAGCAAACAAAGAAGCAAAGAGCAUCACUGGUCCGUCUUUCCUCACAUAGGCAGACUCCCCAGCUGCUGACCAAAGGCUCACAGGCUUGUUCGCAGACCCUGCCUCCUGGGUGCUCCCCUUUGGGCCCCGUGGAUGUCUGAUUCCGCAGGGCCCUAUCCCCAGGACCCCAGCCUUCCAUCCCUUAGCGGGGCCCCAGGGGCAGUUGGAGUCUUGAUCAUGGGUUCUUGACCAUUAUGCCUCAGUUUCCCCCUUUGGCAGUAGUUGCUCUCUCUUCGAGGCACAGUGGAAAUUAGAUGGUGUAUGCUGAGUCCUCAGAGUGUCUUCAAAGAGUCUCAUGGGACACUCCCAUACCCUUGUUCCACGCGACCUCAGCACAGAGCCUGGCACUUGUAGACACUCGGUAACUACUCAAUGAGUAAAGGACUGAGACAAAGCCUGAUCCCAUGUUCUGGGGUCUUUUGACCCCUCCUCUCCUCCUUCCACCCUUUUUUAUCCUCUUGCUUUUCACACAGACCUCAUGUUUCAGAACAAAAUCACAGUUCAAGUUCCUCUGCACCCAGCGUUGCCCAAAGGAACCUCCUCCCUGCCAAGGGUCCCCAGGCUGGGCUGACAUGGAGGUGCAGGGUAUGUGGACAAAGGAAGUUCCAGAACAGUGGGCACCUCUGUGCCCUCAGUUAUCCAGGGCAAGGGCCUGGCUGUCCCUUGCCCUUCCCCAUGGCUGCAGCCAGGGCAGGGUUGGCUUCACUGGCCGUAACUUCCGUGCCCUUCUGGCUGCUACUCCUGAGCGAUGCUAGCCUGAGGCUUGGCCCACCCUGGAAGUCCCCAGAGGGGACUGAGCCAGGUGGACUGUAGCCCUGAGAUGGAGGAGGCUGAAGCCUUCCAGACUCCUCUGGGGACAUCCAGCAAGCUCAACAGAGGAAAAGGCGCUUCAGAAGGACUCAAACCCAGAGCAAUAACCCCCAUCCCACCUCCCAACCAAGGCAUGCUCGGUCCUGCGACCACCAGCACCUGCUUCCCAGUAGAUCACGCCUAGCUAUGGGGCGUGGGACGUGGCUGCUCAGCCCAAGGUCAGUCUACCAUGCAGACCUUAGAAGACAAGUACACUUGGUCUUGACCAGUUCCCCACUGGCCUGGUCCACGCAGCCAUAAAUCCAGGCCAGAUCAGGCUUUUGAAGGCAGUUCUGUAGCAAAACAGACUUUCCUCUUUCGCCAUGUCCUGCCUCAGCUCCCUGACUAGGCGUGGUCUCUGGGCCUGGGGCUCUUCCCAAUGAGGGCUCACAGGGCAAAUAUCAUGUUGGCAGCCCCACAGUCAAAGCAUCAGGAUGGCCUUAGAUGUGACCAUCCACCCAUCAGGCCAGACACACAGGCACCGGGCCUCGGCCUACACGGACGAGGAGAACUUGUAGAUUGGCUCACGUAAAUGCCCAGGAGCAGCCCGAGGGCCUGACCAGAGCAGCAGGAACUCUGGGCUGCGAGAGGGCUCUGCCCUUCCAGAAAGUGAUGCUUUGUUCCCCUGGGAAGGUCUUGCGGCACCACAGGGACAGAGCAGGGCCUGGCCCGCCAGUGCAGUCAACUGGGCCGUGCUCCAGCCCCACGACUGCCCAAGGGUCAGGCCAGGCCAGCGCCCAGGAGGGACCUCUCAUGUCUCUGAGUUGUUUCUUGGACCAGUGAACACAGGGGGAUAUGCUCCAGGGGCUUCUCCCCAGGCAGGAUUGCUGGUGUGUUCAAACUACCUCACCGACGGGACACUGAACCAGGAGACUGCCACCCGUCUGGCCCCUUGGCUGGUUGUGACAGUUGACAUUUUUCCUAAAACACACCCUUCCUGUUGUGCUCCAAAUGCAUGGGCUUCAAAAGCCACCACCAGGAAGUCUUCCCAGACGCUGGAAAGGAUUGAGGGCUGUUGGUCUUUGGGCCUUGCAGAAAGUGCUGGAGGAGAGAGGUGUUCCAGCAAGGUCCAGGAGCUGGAAAGCCCUGCGGGGAGAAAGAUGACAUGCCACCAGCCUCCAAAAGGGCUGACUGAGUUGAGUGUACAGCAAGGACCAUGUGUGGCACAGUCAAAUAGUGGCCAAAUGAAUCCCUGAUAACUCACCACUGGACCUUCUGA